UACCAUUGAUGACCUGGUUGCUGUGGUGGAUGAUGCCAUGGAUGACAUGGGAUUAAACAGUGUGGCGCCCUCAUAUGCUGCGCAAGCCUCUUGGUACGAAAACGAUAACCCUCCCGAUUCCAGCGAACCCACUGUUGAACUUCGUCAAUGGGAUAGCUCCAGUAGCCUUGAUACCAGCUCUUACGUUCAUGCGCAAAUCACGGAUGCAACGAGUAUCUCUAGGACCUCUUCCCGUGAAGCGUGCAAGGAUCGGACGAAUACACUAUCCAUGACCAGCGUCCACACACCUCCACCUACCGGAGGUUCCGAUCAGGACCAUUCUAGUGGACGUUCAGCAAAAUCUAAUCGUUUCUCAGCACUUAAGAAACGCGCUUCCUCGUUCUCCAUGGCUUUUCCGCUUCAGCGCGCCAGCCUUCACUCGAACGAAAGCUCUUCACCUAAACCACUCUCCAUGCAGCCAUUACCCUCUCCCCCACCGGAGAAGUCCAAGCGACUGAUAAGGAAGGUGGUAGGCUGGCCACAGGCAAUGGAGUUCCAGAACGUUCUGAAGAUGCGCACCGCAUUGGAUCGUGCGGCUGGGUACGCUGAAAAAAUUAAUGAGCUUGCGGCUGAGGAUUGUGGGCUUGAGGCCUGGAUUCUUGGUCUCAAUCAGAAGAAAAAAGUGGGCCGAUCUCGCCCUGCUGAAGACAAUGAAAGCGAUACACUUGGCCCAUUAUCAUCGUUUGCUCGCCCAGGUGGUGCAAAACUUCGUCGUCGAAUGUCCCACAUGUCCCGUACUUCUACUAGGACUGAAAUGACUUUUCCUAUACGUGCAGACGCUUAUUCCGCCACUAAUCUACUCCAUCGCUCCGAGGAAUCUGGGCCUGCGGUUUUCCCCCCUAAUCUUCCUUACCCAUCUCUCGUUUCGGCGAAAGCCCAUUCAACUGGUCAGCGGAAUGGAGGGAAGGGCUUCUUUGCUGCAAUCGGAAGGAGGGCUAGCGUAAAACGAGAGCGACCUCAGCCCUCACAACCCAGUUACCGUCCACUAGCCCAUCCCCCGAAGGGCUCAUUUGCCCCACCGCCGAGGUCCAUUGUUCUAGAGAAGGUGCCAACUCUCCCUGGUGGACCACGCGCAAUUCCGAGGAGAUCGAGCGUGCCCGUGACAUCGAUGCCAUUGUUAUUCGGGAACAUGAAUGGCUCAAUGCCAGGAUCAUCGUUCGUCGGCGCACGGCUCAAGAAUGUUCAUCAAGGGGGAAGCGGGCUACGAUAUUAGUGUCAUUACUGCCUUCACUGUUUGAACCCCAACUUCGUUCUCAUAUCAACCAUGCUCAUGUACCACCGGUUUCUUCCGCAAGCUUCAUCUUGUAUCAAUGAUUUAUUACGUCGUCAAAGUAUGAUAUACAUUGGGAGGAUAAUCGGGUAACUUUGUACAACAGUGCCAUCUGCUAACAAUGUGAUUGGCGUUCAUACGUCCCUAAUCCCGAGGCC